AUGGUGAUGCUGUGCUUUCUAUUGGAUUUGCGGACGUUAUCGCCUCCUGUACUUCGAGAUCUAAAGCAGUCAUUGCUGCAGCUAGCGAAUUUCUACGCAAUUUCAAGUCCAAGAGGUCACAGAUCGAUCUCGAAGUCGAAAUCACUCCUUGAUAAGAUCGGGCUUUGCUAUGUCUUCAAAAAUCGAGUAUCCUGUUCCACAGAGAUGAAAGUAGCAUACAGGCCAAGUGGAAAUUUCAGUCUCCGUGAUUUUCAUCAUGCUGUUAACAACUUGCCUCAUGAUGCCUUCUUGCCAGAACUCAACAAUUGUAUAGCUGUCUCAUGUUGUGAUGUCCACCUUGCUAGUGUCCUCAAUGACAAAGUUCUAUACUCAUGGGGAGGUGACAACGAAGAUGUCGGAAGAAAAGUGAUUAUUAUUAGUUCAUGUCUACUUGAAAAUUUAGACUCUGUGAUAAAGAAGACUCUAAUGGAAGCAGCAGACAAAUGUAUAUCAGUGGACUUUAUAUUGUUGGAGAAAGUGUCAGGUGGUGUUGGUGCUCUUUCAGAAAGCAUAAACAACUUCAUUAAGGAUAUACGUGAUCUUGAGAAUUGUUCAUUCCAUAAUCAUCUUCCAGAUGCAAAGGCGUUGUGCUCUCUGGUGAAACAAUGGCUACAGGAUUUAAGGGAUGAAACAGAACAACUCCAAGCCCGUCUCAAAUUCAAAAGAAACAUUCUAGGCUCUUUAAACCAAAUAUGCUGUAAUCUCUUUCCAUCUUUCACUCACAUCAUUGAUGAGUUUGAACCCUGCCAGUCAUGCAGGUGUCAUGGCUAUCCAUUGGAUGAUGAACAUAGAAACAAAAUGGUGAAGUCCACUUGUUGUCCAGUCACUGGCAAUGAGCUUGGCACACUUGAUUCAACUGUAAACUCUCUCAAGGUUGGUGAGCAAACAGUCCUGUUCAUGCCCUCCUUUCAUUACUACACAAAGUUGCAGCAUGUAACCACACCUAUUGAUUUCAACAUCAUUGAUAGAACCAACUUAAGGUCUUUAAGCGAAGGGUUGAUUGUAGGGACUCCCUUUGUUGUUGUUCCAUCUUCUUCAAAUGAACUGGAUGAUAUUGACCAGACAGAGUUAAACAACCAAGUAUUCCAAGGACUUUGCAGUGCCCUACAUUUUCUAGAUCAGGGAUUGGUUUGCUCAUCCAGAUGUAACACAGAUACAAUGAGAGAAACACCAUUCAAGUGUUAUUACAUACUUCUGCCUUCAGAUAAUGGAGUGAUGCUGCUCAGGAGGCUCGCAGGAUCAGAAGAAGUGACCCCUGUCCCUGAUGUUAGCCAAUCAUUCGACUCUACAGAAGCUAAGGAUAUCAAAGAUUCCAUAAAAGCCUCUUUGCUUGAGAUUGAAGUACAUGACUACAAUCCCAUCCUACACGAAAGGGGAUUUCAUCAAAAACUAAACGUGCUUGUGAAAGAAAGCUUGCAUUUUGGGUCAUUGCCUACCAAAUCAGAAGAGUCACCUCAUGAACUUAAAUCAACCCAAGGAGAAUCUUUAUCUGAACAUGGAUCUUCAAAGCAAGCAAAGGGUAUGAUAGCCUUUGAAGAGAAAACAGAAAUGGAAAUCUCACAGAUGGAUUUGAAAUUGAAAUCCGGACAAGAUAAAAUCACAGCACGUAUAACAGAAGAGUGGGAACAACUAAUUGUCAAUGAAAUUCCUAAUAUCAAUUCUUCCACUUGUGUUUCCAAACCAAAGUUGGAUCAGUUGGCUUCUACACCGAUUGAGAGUAAUAAGCCACUGGAUGAAAAAACUUCAAGGAUACUAGAAAGACUAGAAAUACCAAGAAAACUAAAAGCUAAAGUUGCUUCACCAAUCAUCACCUCAAGUAGUUCCCCAAGUGAUGCAUGCAUGUUGACAAAGAAGCCUCUUAUCCCAUUUGGUCCAACUCAAACUUCAGAUAUGGGAACAAAUUUAAGCCAGCCAAUGAGACCCAACUUCCAAAGGGUGAGAAGGAAAUACAGAUAA